GACAAUCCUGCUGACUGUGCAUCACGAGGGUUAACUUCAUCUCAACUUCGCAACCACUCGCUAUGGUGGACGGGACCACCAUGGCUUUCCAAGUCAGAAGAUUCAUGGCCAAAUCGUCAGCCGGCACCGACAACCGACCAUGAAUCAGAAGCAAGACCAGUGAUCUCCAUACUCACCUCCACUACGUCAGACUACUCAUGGGAUCUCAUCUACAGGUUCUCGCACGACUCCGACGCAAGCUGGAUCCAGCACACCUCACACACCUGACUUCAACUGACUUGGAAGCAUCUCGAAUUUUCUGGAUAAAGGCAACUCAAAAAGUCUACUUUCCACAUGAACUCAAGGCUCUUCAAUCACACACUCCACUUCUCUCUUCACAUGUAUUCAGUAGACUCACUGCAUUCCUCGACAACAAUGGUGUAAUUCGUGUAGGCGGACGAAUUUCCCAUUCUCAACUCGACCCAGAUAGCAAGCAUCCAAUUAUUCUUCCUCGACACUCUCAAUUUACUUCUUUGGUUAUAGAUGAAACUCACCGAAAAACUCUACAUGGAGGCACUCAACUCACUCUAGCCACGAUACGUCAAAGGUAUUGGAUCAUUGGAGGAAGAGCUCCAGUUAAAUCCCAUAUACUGAAAUGUGUUCUGUGUGCAAGGCACCGUGGUAUUCGCGCUCAACAACUCAUGGGACAGCUACCAGCAUCUCGAGUGCAGCCAUCUCGUCCAUUCCUCCACACCGGUGUAGAUUACGCUGGUCCACUCACUCUCAAGACAUGGAAAGGAAGGGGUUCCAAAACACACAAAGGCUGGGUUUGUGUCUCCGUCUGCUUUGCCUCCUCAGCAGUUCAUCUCGAAGUUGUAAGCGAUUAUUCAACUGAUUCCUUUCUCGCUGCCUUUCGCAGGUUCACCGCAAGACGAGGAAUACCACUUCACCACCACUUCAUUCGAACUGUCAAGGAUGUAUCCUUCACAUUAGAAGAAAUAAUGACUCUAACUUCUCAAAUCGAAGAUAUUCUCAACUCAAGACCGCUCGAACCGCUCAGUGACGACCCUGACGAUUGCGUAGCUCUCACACCUGGACAUCUCCUCAUAGGCGCUCCAUUAACAGCUGUUCCAGAACCAUCUCUUGAACAUCUCUCCACCUCUCGACUCUCAAGAUGGCAAUUUGUUCAACAACGAACUCAACAGUUUUGGACACAAUGGUCAUCACAAUAUUUGCAACGCCAGCUAUCCAUCUCAAAAUGGCAUCAUCCUCGCAAUGACGUAAAGGUUGGUUCUUUAGUUCUAAUUACAGAUGAACGUACACCUCCCUGCAAGUGGCCUUUGGCAAGAGUUCUCGAUAUGCACCCUGGGCAUGACGGACUGACAAGAGUAGUCACCUUAAAGACUCCCACUACAACUCUACGUCGACCCGUUGCAAAGUUAUGCAUAUUACCAAUCCUGGUGGACUCUGAGGAUUGA